AAUUUCAGGAGACGACAGUUGAACGUGGCAUAAAUUUUCGUUUCAAAGUGCGCGUACGUCAGUCGAUUCUCUCCAACGAAACCUGCAUCUGUCGGAUCGUGAUCUAUGACGGAUCUUCAAAAUAUUAUAGAUUACAGCGUAAUGUGUGCGAAUAAUAUUAUGGCUGUUGUAAACUGGUCAUGAAUUUCGGAAUUGUAGAAUGUCUGUUGCGUAGGCUGAAAAUAAUAUACGCCACGGGCACUAUUAAGCCGCGCCAUCUGGAUAUUAGUCGCGAAGAAAUUCUAUUAGCCAAAGUUUGGAAAAACUUUUGAAUUGUGUUAGUACUCCUCCUGAUUACGACUAUCGCAAGGUAAAAUUCACAAAUUUGAAGAUUGAUAUAACACACGCCGUACACGGUUAUGUUAUAUUUGAAUGUAAGAGUGUACGCUCUUUGUGAUUGUAUUCACUUAACCUCAACUUCGAAUGAAAAAUGAAUACCUGCGAUUAUGAGGAUGUAAUUUUAUAUUUGUCUCGUUGUGGUAACAGAGAAAGCAAAUCUUUCUUGAAAGAGGGAAUUGAAGGUACUUGCGGCUCUGCGAAAGGGAACGUGAACCUUGAGAGCUUGAAAAUAUCAAUAACGACAGUGCUCUACAAGUAACGAUAAUAUAUUAAUUGAGCUAAUUUUUACUAACUUUUUACGAAUCAACGAUGGGAUUUCAUUCUGUAUAAUAGUUUUGUAUAAAAUCAAGAGACAUUGUCAGUAUCAUAGAUGCAACAUGCACAAGUAGUGUUAUACAAAAAAGAUUAAUUUUUACAUAAAACGUUAUAAGAAUUUUGCAAAUAUAGAUAUAAAAUAUGAUGGGAAAACUUUAAACGAUCGGAUUAAAGAUGAAGCACAUUGAAAUUAAAAACAAGGAUCAUAAUUAUAGUGAAGUAAAAUUACGUAAUCUCCAGCACGCUACUAGUAAUAUUCUAAAUAUAUGUGACAAUGAUAUUAAAACAGUAUGUAAAUCAAACAAAUCUGGUAUAAUAUCAAACAAAGAGACAUUUGGUCAGAUUAAAGAUAUUAAUGAAUUGAAGAAAAUCACUCCACGUGUGAAACUAUUGACUCAUGAUGCAAAUAGUUUAAACGAAUUAACUAAAAUUUCUUUGCACAAUAAAAUAUCUGCACAAAAGAAAUUAUCGAUAUUGGAGCAAACAAAACAGGAGUUGAAAAAGUAUUGCAGAACUUGUGCUGGCUUAAAACUUCCAUUAGUUGAUAUUUUUAGUGAAAAAGGUAAUCAAAUGAGAUUAAGUCAACAAAUUAGACAUUUAGAAGACAUAAAUCAGUAUGACAGCUUAUCGACUCAAAUGUGCAUGGAUUGUAUUUGUGACUUGAAAAUGAGUUAUAAGUUUUUUAUGCAAAUUAAGAAGGCAGAAGUUAAGUUGAAAUCCAUUCACAUUACUCUGACUGAUACGGCAACAAGAAACAUGGAAUUGAAUAAAACAAAGCCUGUAGCAAGUCUUGAAAGACAAGUGGAAAAUAUUGCUGAAAGUAAUAUCAAAAGUCCAUCCACAAGUAAAGAAAAUAAUGAAAAUAUUGUUCCAAAAAUAUCUGCAAUGUUUUCAUUAAAAGAUGAUAAAAUACUUGAAAAAAAUGUUCGGAAAGUAAAUCAUAAAGAGUCAGAAAGUAAAGUUGAAGUUGAAAUUUUUGAAGAAUCUAUUGUACAAAAUAGUGAUGAUAAUGAGUCUAUAGAAGAAUUUGAUCCAGACGAUCCUCCUUUUCAACCUGACAGCUCUGAUGUAGCAGAAUCUGAUGAUGAAGUAGAAAUACCAAAUGCAAAAAGACGAUGUAUUCAACAGAAGGAAAGUAUGAAACAAUGUUCACAAUCAUCUUCUGUUUCUGAUAAUAAUUCAGUCUCAGAUAAUAAAAAUAUUGACAUAAAGCAAACAACAUAUAAUUAUGAUACUUGUCUAAAAACAUAUGUUAAAAUAAAAGAUACGGAUUGUAAUAAUCAAUCUACUGAGUUACACAGCAUUAUUAAUUCUGAAACUGCUAUAUACAAUACUGAAAGUACAAAAGAAUGUUCAAAACAACCAAAUAUAUUAAAACGCAGGUUGUUAUUACAAUCUAAAAAAGAAUCUGCGGAAGAAACCGAUGAAAAUUGUCAGUCAAAUAUUUCUGAUAAAUGUGGAAGCCAUAAGGAUUUAAAAGUACAAAAACUUGAUGUAAACAAUUCUUUAAACAGUAAUCAAGAGGAUGGGAUUAUGUAUGUUACUGUAAAGGGAUCUAAACCGAAUGAAAUAUUGUUAGUAAAAGUUAAAAAAAUGGAAAAAUCAUUAGAAAAAAAAGAUGAUAAAUCUGUAGCGAAAAAAAAUUUUGAUAUUAAACCAAUGGACAAAAUUUUAAAACGAUAUGAAACAUUAGUUACAAAAGAAAAAGAUUUAUUUCCAGAGCGAACAAAAAAAUCAGAAAUAAGAGAACAGAUUAUAGAAGAACAAAUAGAAGAAUAUAAGAAAAAGCGAGAAAAAGUAUUAGGUGGACAUGCUAAUAUUGUUGCACUUCCAAAACUUGAAGAAUCUCGUUGUUUUAAACGUAAUGAAAAUCAAGAUAAUCAAAGAUCUCUUGCUGUAGAAAGUGAUUCUAUUGAAAAUGUAGAGUUUAAUAAAGAUGAUGGUGAAUUGAAUCCAACUACUAAUAGUGAAGAUGAUAUUUCAGAAAUUUCCGAAUCAGCCAAAGAAAAGUCCGCAAAUGAAAAAACAUAUGUAAAUACUGAAGAAUAUUUGUCACAUUUAGCAAAACUUAAAUUGAAAUGGGAAGAAGCAAAAAAGAAAAAAGAGUCACUUCAAAAGGAACUAGAUGAAUCUUAUACAGAAGGAAAUAUUGAGAAAUUAACAAGAAUUUUAGGAGAAAAAGAAAAAAACUUGCAAGAUUUCCAAGAUUAUCUAAAACAACGUAAAAUUGUAAUUACAAGAUUAAAAGAUGAAGACAUUAUUUCUCUUUAUGAAGACAGAAAUAAUGCAGUUCUUAAAAACAAUUUACCUGACUUAAUAGAUGAAAGUCAACCGGCAGAUUAUAUUCCAGAAGAACAUUAUUUAGAAUGUGAUUAUUGUCCAGAGACAUUUGCUUCUAAAGAAGUUCUUGAAGAACAUUUGAAAACACAUGAUUAUAAAAUUAUGCAUUUUUGCGAAGAUUGUAUGGAAGAAUUUCCAACAAAUAAAGCAAAACGAAAUCAUAAUGUAAUUUGUAUAAAAAAAUUAUUAUGUAAAUAUUGUGACAUGAUGUUGGAUUCAAAAGGAAAAAAGCGUCAGCAUGAACAAAAACAUUGUGAUAGUAUGUAUGGACAAUUAUGUGAUGUAUGUGGUGAAAAAUUUAAACAUCAAGGAACAUUAGAUCAACAUGUAAAAACACAACACAUGAGUUGGGAGAAAAUAUAUCAAUGUCCAAAGUGUCCUAAAAAGUUUGCAUUCAAACAAAAACUUAGUUUUCAUUUGAAAUCUGUACACACAACAUUAAGGGCCUAUUUAUGCGAGGAUUGUGGAGCUGAUUUUAAAAAUCCUGCAAGUCUGAGACAUCAUAGAAUACGUAAACAUCAACCUGUAGGUAAUAAAAGAGAAUGUCCAGUAUGUCAUAAAUUAGUACCAUUUUAUAGCCUUUCUAAACACAUGCAUACUCAUAAAGCAUAUACUAUUCAGUGUCCACACUGUGACAAAAUGUUUAAAAAUAGUUCAACUUUAAAACAACAUGUGAGAAUUCAUGAAGACCAGCGUCAAUAUCGAUGUGAUACUUGUGGUGUUGGGUUUAAUAGACGAGAUGGCUUAAGGUUACACAUGAGAGUGCAUGAAAAAACUGAUAGUAGAGGAUUAAAAGAAUGUUCGUGUCAAGUAUGUGGUGAAAAGUUUCCAAAUCAUUCAACACUUGUCAUACAUAGAAACCGAGUUCAUAAAGAUGGUAGGCAAUAUACUUGCCAUAUAUGUAACAGAUCAAUGAUUUCAACUAGAUCAUUAGAGUGGCAUAUGUCUCAUAUACACAAUGAAUCACUUCCUGGUGUAAAAGAAGACAUAGAUGGACCACCAGAAAAGAAAAGAGCAUCAUGUUAUCAUUGUAAUAAGACAUUCAAAACAGAAAUGAUUUUGAGAACACAUAUUAAAAAUACACAUAUGGAGAAAGAUCCUAUGAAGUGUUUAGACUGUGAAUUAACAUUUACUUCUGAAGUUAGAUUAAGACAUCAUAUGAUGGUCACACACAAUAGAUUAGAAGGAACUUUGCCUUGUCCACAUUGUCCAAAGAGGUUUGUGAAUCAACUCAGAUUAAAAACUCAUAUGAUAUCCCAUUCUGAAGAAAGGCCAUAUACUUGUGAAAUCUGUGGAUUUAAUUUAAAAACUAAAAUACAGUUGAUAAAGCAUCAUCAAAAUAGGCAUAGCGAUGAAAGACCUUUACAGUGUAGAUAUUGUCCUUGGAGAUGUAAACAAGUUAGCGCUCUUGUAUGUCAUGAAAGAACUCAUACAAAUGAAAGACCAUAUUCUUGUAGCGUGUGUAGGCAACGUUUUAAAUAUUUAGGUGAUAAAAAUAAACAUGAAAGACGACAUGAAAGUUUAGGUGGAUCUGGAUUUAAAAGAAUAGUACUUGGUCGAAACAUCAAAGCUACUAAAGUACAGGAAGAUUCUUCUUGUUCUGAACAUGAGCAAGAAAGUUUAAAUAAUACGGAAUCUCAAAUUCCUGAAAGUGAAUAUCAAGAACAGACAGAUCAACAAUUUGAGGAAGAGCAAAUAGUGAAAUUUGAAGAAGAACAAAUAGUGAAGUUUGAAGAAGAACAAAUAGUUAAGUUUGAAGAACAAGAAAUAACGGAAGAAUAUGAACAAGUAUAUGAACAGGAAUAUGAAGAGACAUCUAGAGAGGCUUCGGAUGCAGCAGAAGUUAUAAUGAACAUGGAAGAUACUACUGUUUACACAGAAGAAGUAACUACAGAUAAUAUUGAACAUACGGAAAUUAUGGCAGAUGAAAUGAUGACAAAUGAGAUAUUACAAUCAGGUGCCGUAGUUCAUUUACAACAAGAAGAUGAUUCAGGAAAAAUACAAGUGAUUCCAGUGAUGUUAUCUUUACCUGAUUUGUCUGAUGCAAAUACAGAGGUCAAUUUAGCUACUGCAUCUAUUAUGUAUAAUAAUUGAAUUCAAUUUCGCAUUUUAUAUUCGCGAUAUGCUUUGUAUAAAAAAAUGAUUUUUAAAGUUUUAUUGUGGUAAUUAUACAUUUAAAGGAGCUGUUUAUUUGAUAUAAAUAAGUAGGGGCUAAAUCACAUUCCUAUAGACCCAAUUUCAGCAUGUUCUAAAAUGUAUAUUUCCUUUUAAUAUAUAUAGGUUUUAUUGUGCUAGAAGAUUAUGUACCUAAAGAUCAGAAUAGUUUAUUAUUGAAAUAGUUUUGUAAAAUUAAUUUACUGUGUGAAAAUACUAUUAAAACAAAUUUAAGAUUGUAA